UCUUGGAAGGCAAGCUUGAUUGAGCACACUGAUUUUGUGUGUGCAUUUUUUUUUGUUUUAAUACUGCACUUAAAAGAAUGGAACAAAAUUCCACAAUGUUGGGUAAAAUAGUUGAGGUGUCUUGCACUAUUAAAUCUGCUCUUAAGGGGCGAAACUUUGAGGUUACACUGAAACCGUAUCUAACUGUAGAAGAAAAAAGGCUUGCUGCUGCUGCUGAUCCAUGUGGAUGUAUGGAACAAUAUUUUACUCUAAAUGAAGACCUAAAACAAAUGUUGGAAAGCAGUAAAGAUUCUGCUAAGCUGGAUGCUAUGAAGAGGAUUGUUGGAAUGAUUGCAAAGGGAAAAAAUGCUUCUGAGCUGUUUCCUGCUGUUGUGAAGAAUGUUGCCAGUAAAAAUAUUGAGAUAAAAAAGCUUGUAUAUGUUUAUCUGAUGCGCUACGCAGAGGAGCAGCAAGAUUUAGCAUUAUUGUCCAUCAGUACUUUUCAACGUGCUUUAAAAGAUCCUAAUCAAUUAAUCCGUGCAAGUGCUUUAAGAGUUUUAUCCAGUAUCCGGGUCCCAAUUAUUGUUCCUAUUAUGAUGCUUGCUAUUAAGGAAGCCUCUUCUGAUUUAUCUCCUUAUGUGAGAAAGAAUGCAGCCCAUGCAAUCCAAAAACUGUAUAGUCUUGAUCCAGAGCAAAAGGAAAUGUUAAUUGAAGUGAUAGAAAAGCUUUUGAAGGAUAGAAGUACGCUGGUAGCUGGGAGUGUUGUGAUGGCAUUUGAGGAAGUGUGUCCAGAUAGAAUAGAUCUGAUUCACAAGAACUACCGAAAGCUCUGCAACUUGUUGGUUGAUGUGGAAGAGUGGGGUCAAGUUGUUAUUAUUCACAUGUUAACUCGAUAUGCACGUACGCAGUUCAUAAGCCCAUGGAAGGCUGAUGAGGUGGUGGAUGAAUAUAAUGAAAAUAAUUUUUAUGAAUCUGAUGAAGAACAGAAGGAGAAGGAUCAGAAACUGAAAAGCACCUAUACCAUGGACCCAGAUCACAGGCUGCUGUUACGAAAUACAAAGCCCUUGCUUCAAAGCCGAAAUGCUGCUGUGGUAAUGGCAGUUGCACAACUUUACUGGCAUUUGGCACCAAAAUCAGAAGCUGGUAUUGUUUCUAAGUCAUUGGUGCGUUUACUCCGUAGUAACAGGGAGGUGCAGUAUAUUGUUCUGCAAAAUAUUGCCACUAUGUCAAUUCAGAGAAAGGGUAUGUUUGAACCUUUUCUGAAGAGUUUCUAUGUUAGAUCAACUGAUCCAACUAUGAUCAAAAUACUGAAGCUUGAAAUCUUGACAAAUUUAGCAAAUGAAGCCAACAUAUCAACUCUGCUUCGAGAAUUUCAGACUUAUGUGAAAAGCCAAGAUAAACAGUUUGCUGCAGCUACAAUUCAGGCUAUAGGCAGAUGCGCAACUAACAUCACUGAAGUGACUGACACAUGCCUCAAUGGCCUUGUAUGUUUGCUGUCCAACAGGGAUGAAAUUGUAGUUGCUGAGAGUGUUGUUGUCAUUAAGAAACUGCUGCAAACCCAACCAGCACACCAUGGUGAAAUUAUUAAGCACAUGGCCAAACUCUUGGAUAACAUUACAGUUCCAGUAGCCAGAGCCAGCAUUCUGUGGCUCAUUGGCGAGUACUGUGAGCGGGUUCCAAAGAUCGCACCUGAUGUUUUGAGAAAGACAGCCAAGAGUUUCACUAAUGAAGACGACCUUGUGAAGUUGCAGAUCUUAAACUUGAGUGCAAAACUGUAUUUAACAAACUCAAAGCAGACAAAAUUGCUUACCCAGUAUGUAUUAAAUCUCGGCAAGUAUGAUCAAAGCUACGACAUCAGAGACCGUACAAGAUUUAUUAGGCAGCUUAUUGUUCCGAAUGAGAAGAGUGGAGCUUUAAGCAAAUACGCCAAAAAAAUAUUUCUGGCACAGAAACCUGCCCCAUUGCUUGAAUCUCCUUUUAAAGAUCGGGAUCACUUCCAGCUUGGCACCUUGUCUCACACACUGAACAGCCAAGCCAUUGGCUACCUGGAACUGUCUGACUGGCCAGAGGUGGCGCCUGACGCUUCUGUCCGAAAUGUCGACGUGGUCGAGUCGGCAAAGGAAUGGACUGGAAUUCUAGGUAAGCCAAAGAAGGAGAAACCUACUGAAAAGUUCUACUCUGAAUCAGAAGAGGAAGAAGAUGAGUCUGCCAGUACGAGUUCAUCAGGGAGUGAGUCUGACAGUGAAAGCGAGAAGGAAGAUAAAGAGGAAGGCAGCACUGAUGAGACUAGUGGGAGUUCCUCUCCCAGUGAAGAAUCAACUGACAGUGAUUCAGACAGCAAAGAAAGUACAGUAAAGAAAACAUCUAGAGCUGCCAAUGAAAGUGAUUCAGAAGAUAUUAAAAAGAAGGCAGAGGGAAUCUCCAAGAAGAGAAGCACAUCCAGUUCCUCUGAUACAGAGUCCUCUUCAUCAGAAGAAAGUUCUUCAGGCUCCAAAUCAGAAUCAGACUCUAAAAGUGACUCUGAGCCUGGAAAACCUAGAAAUGCUACCUCUAGUAAGAAAGAAGAAAAAACAGUACAAGACAGAAAAACUCCAAAUAAACAAGACGUGUUUCUCUUAGAUUUAGAUGAUUUCUGUCCUGUGACAACUCCUGUGACAGUUCCUACAGCAGCUGUUUUAUCCCCGAGUUUAACAGCAGACUUAGAGGGAUUAAGUCUGUCAAGUUCAUCUGUCAUUGAUGUCACUUCUCAAGUCUCUGUGCCAACAAAAACAUAUGAACUGCUUCAUCGAAUGAGUGGAAAAGGAUUAGCAGCUCAUUAUCACUUCUCAAGACAGCCAGGACUUUUUGGUGAUGGUAUGGUACCUGUGCAAGUGACAGUAACAAAUACAACCGAUCAGAAGAUAGACAAUAUUCACAUUGAGGGGAAGAAAUUACCUCCAGGAAUGAGGAUGCAUGAGUUUAAUCCAAUAGAGUGCCUUGAGCCUGGAGGAUCCACUACCGUUACAAUGGGUAUUGACUUCUGUGAUUCUACUCAGACAGCCAGUUUCCAGUUAUGCACAAAGGAUGAUCAUUUCAAUGUUAGCAUUCAACCCCCUGUUGGAGAACUACUCUUGCCUGUCACUAUGUCAGAGAAAGACUUUAAGAAGGAGCAAGCCUGCCUCUCUGCUUUAUACCUGCUCAGCAAAUGAAGGUGAGUGAUUGAACGAGGCUGUGGCACAUUUAUUUUUAACUGUUCCCUUCUAAAAAUUGCAGCUGAAGUUGUAGUGGAAAGAAGGCAGGUUACUGUGCUUCUUCCCCCUCUUUUUUUAUAUUUGCUUGCUUUGUGAUAUUUUGAUAGAGUUUUUGUAUGCUUUACUGUGACUGAGGGCUUUUUUUCCUCCUGACUAGCCAUACAGAACCAUGAGCACAUAGAAGAAGUGUACUUGGAGAAUAGCUGUGGUCCUCUGUGGAGUUGUUGCCAAAAUUCCUUUUUCUUCUGCCAUUUUACUUCUAUGGUUGUUGAUUAUUUGUCUGAAUAAAUCUGGCAGCUGUUUGCUAUGUUUAAUAGAGCAGAAAGGCUACUCUGAAUAAAGCUAUUUGAAAAUUUGUUUAUAUGAAGUAUUUGUAAAUCCAUGAAGGUCUCUUGGCAUUUCUAUAUUGCUCGCCCUGUCUUCCUGAAUUCAUUCUUUGAUGCAGGACUUUGCAGGCUGGCAAGUUUACCACAGCUUUAAAAACCUUUUCUGUUGCAUCUUUUUUCUUAUAGAUAUCAUCUGUAUCAGAAUAUUCUUGGUAAUAGAGGUCUCAGUUCUACAUUUUGCUUGAGUAUGUAUUACAAGGAUCUAAGAACUUCUAGCAUUUGGGAAGAAUUACUUUGUGUUCUUGUAAAUGAAAAAUCCAAAUUACAGUAAUAAAUGCAGGGCAAUUUAGAAGUUCAUUUAUGUUAUUCUAUUUUGUGUAUAAUUUCAAUUUUUCUGUAUUCUCCUAAUGAAUCUGAUUUAUAGAACUUGUUUUUCACUUUUCAUGCUUUUUCUUUUCCCUUUUUUUUUUUUUUUGUUUGGUUUUGGACAUAAGAUGUUUCAAGUCCUGUACCUGGAGGUUAUUUUAUUUGCAACCAAAACAAAUAGGUACAAAAUAGUGAAUGAGUGAGGAGAAUAUUAAGAAAUGUAAGAUAACAUUGGGAAGAAUGAGAAUACGUAUGGGUUUUAAGGAUUUUUACAUCUAAAUUGCAUGUGUAACCUAAUAAGAAUGCUAAAGCGGAAAUAGCUGGUAUUAUACUACUGUGUAGAAGAAAAUUCAUUGCUACACAUCUUUACUCAAUUACACUCUGCUGUUUUGCAUUGUCUGUUACAUUUGUAUAUGUCCAUUUUCUUCCCGAUGGCAUAAGGAGAGGGGAACAGACGGGUUAUUGAAUAUUCAUUGCUGUGAAGGUUAUCUAGUGAUAGCAGCAGAACCUCAAAAACCGUUUUUAUCCACAUGCUGUGCGGGAUAUGCUUAGCCCUGCUACACUGCCUUCCCUUUCCUUUCCUCCGGAGCUGGGGAAUCCUCUGGUGAGGUAAUUCCCCUGAGCAGUGGCUGAGUUGGUGGUUGUUGUUGUGACUGACAAUUUGGAAUGAGUGGGUAAAAAUGGUAUUGCCAGACACUCUUUGCCUUCCUGCUUAAAUAUUUUUACUGAUCCUUCAGGCCUCAGGAUUUUAUACUUCUUUUAUAUCACAUCCCCAUGAAAAGCCAAGUUUCUAUAGAAAAAAUUCUGCAUGAGUGAAACAUGGACCGUUGGGAACUCUCAGUUCAGAGUAGGACUGGUCUGGUAGCUAAUAUUCCUUGUUACCUAUCACUGUAAUUUUUCCAAUUGAAUUUAUGUUUAUUAUUUAAAAUAUGUACAGUUAUUUCAUUGUAUCAGGUAGUUAACCCAGACUAAGUGUGCUUUGUGCUCUGACUAGAAUUUUCUUAGAUCCUCUUGUUUCAAGCAAUAUUAAAGCAAUAUUAAAGGUGUCAUGUGAUUGUUUUAGCUGGAUAUUAAUCAGAAUUUUUAUGAAGGUGCUUUUUAAAUAGGCAGUUAAAACUGAUUUAAGUAUUAAGAUUUUUUUUGCCAAGAGACAUGGUUUGAAAUAAUUUUUUCAACUUUUUUUUAGAAGUGUAUACCUGAAUCACAUUAAAAAAACAAACAAACAAAAACCCAACAAACCCCAAUUUUGGUUAUGUAAACAGAUAGUUUACGUAAUUUUAUUAAAAUUAGAUAUAUACAAUUUGUUUUCUUAAGAAGCAAGAUGCUAAUUCUUUAAAUGGCUGGACAUUUACUAUUUUCUGGCCAUUGACUACCCCAAGCAAUCAUAUUUGAUGCUCCUUAAUUAGAGCACCCUUUUUUUUUCCAGGUUCUUUUCCACCUCAGCAAUCGAGACAAUACAUUUGCUUACCACGCUGCUCUCCUAAGUGUUCUUUUGCAUGUAAAUUAAUCUUGAUUCAGUUUACACUGUCAUGCUGAGUGGUACAAAUUGCCUAUAACAAUAAAACAGCAUGAGUUAAAAAUAAAGGGGGGUGAAAAAGCAGAUUGAAUGUGUGCCUUACUUGAUAGGAUGUUACUUUGCUUUAUGCCAAUACAUUAGUCAACGAUAAUGAAUCUUCUGUUCUGAAAAGCAUGGUUUAGUUGAUUUUUUUAAUUUUACUUCAAUGGAGCAGUACCUUGUCUUUUAUAGAACAAGUUAGACAAACCAUUAAUGACAAGAGUGUUAAGGUUAAAUAUGAAGCAAUGCAUUCACUUCUCUGAGUGCUAUCCAUCUUUCCAUUUACAGGAGCUUGACAAAAGUACUGGCUUUGUACAACAUUUCCUUUAAUUACAUGCUGCGGGAAACAGGCUUUUAACAUAAACAUAGUUGCAUUCAUUUAUUCAGCAUUUGCUCUUCAAUAGAGCUUAAUGGAGAAGGUUUAAAUCCUAAAUAAGUACACACAUCUCUCAGCAGUGUUAUGUCAGUCCCUGUGCUCUGUUUAAAAGCAGCUUUAGUCUGCAUAUGUAGUUUUUAAAGCUUUUACCUAAUAGUUAAACAAUUCAAAACAGAGUGUUCUGUUCCCUUGAUAAAUCUGAUCAUUACAGAAGUUGCAUGCUUAUUUUUGUUCUCUUCAGAAAUAUCCUGUUAUUUACUUUUGAGCUAUUCCAUUUUUACUUUGGUAUUUCUUAUUUUGUGACAGCCUCACAUUCAGGGGCAUUAAAAUGUAGGAUUUAUUGUUUUAAUUGCUCUAUUAAGCAUCUUGGUACUAUUUGCUCUGGGUUAGAACUGUGUGUGCAGCCCCAAAACGUUAUGGCCUUUUGAGACUUUCCCAUUGUUUUCAUUGUUAAUGUUGUGGAUUUCAGAUGCUUCAUGUUUCUGCCUGAAGUACUGUGCUCCUUUGUCUGCAUUUUCAGCUUCUGAACAUACUGUAAAAAGGCACACAUAGUGUUAAAUUGUACUUACUGUUGUGUUUUAAUCAACGUGAGCAUCCAGCAAAUCGUUCUUCUGAAAAAUGGAUAUUGAUAGAACAGAAAAGUGGGGGUUUUGUUAAAAUGUCCUUGAAUUACGUAUCUUUCUUUACUUUUUCUUUGUCAUAUGUUUGGAUAUAAUCUUAACAUUUCUAUUACAUUUUGUAAUGAUAUUCAAAUUAUUUGACUCAAAUAGUUUAUCAUAACAUUUUUGAGAGCUGGAUACUACCUGAAUUUCCCAGUUUCUAAUGUGAUGACUUAACCUUAAAGAACUAAAUUGAACCAAUUACUACUAUCUGAAUUUCAAUAUAAUUUUUAGCAGCUGGAUAAAUUAAAUGCAAUGGUUUUACGAUUGAAAGAUCAGAAAUUGUCUUUGUGUAUGGUCUUACUUAAGCUGAACUUUUCCAAAUCAGCCUUACGCAAUAUUUAAUUUCUAUGCUUACACUGUUCUUUUAAGUUAAGCUUUUCAAGAAGAGGAACUAACUUGGUUUCACAGUUGCAGUAGCAUCACAUAUAUGAUUGCCAGUUAUUAGUAGUUUGUUUCUAAUAGUGGGCUAUUGCAAGUAAUACAUUAAACUAAUGAUGUGAGUUCUUAUAAAAUUUUUAAAUUGUUUUCUCAAUAAAUGAUUUAACUUUUAAUGCAAAUAUGGUUUUUGUUUAGAUGUCUCUUAUUUUGGUUUUAUGCUUAAUAAGCAAGUAAAUCUUAAACUAUCUGUAAUUAAAUACUU